UUUUUUUGUUUUUAAUAUAAUUUUUAACGUUGAUUGUUCAGUUCUUGCGUUCGUCCAAUUGGUGAGAAAUGAAUUCGAUCAGCAUUCCUUUGAUUACGCACGAAAGAUAUCAGUAUGAAAUAUUGUCUACUGAGAGACAAGAAUCUACAAAUUUGUCACCUAACAGCAACACUAAUUUUCUUGGCUUACUGCAGCAUUUCAAUCGCACCCUCCGCGGGAGAUCAAAGCAAUUUAAUAACCAAUAACAUUUCCAACAUCUCUACACCCAUUACACUCUACAAAACUAACCAAUUACAUACAUUGAAUUGUCAGGACGGUUUAAUUUUCAAAGCUUGGAAGCCUCAAACUAAUUUAACAACUUCCGUAGUCGCGGGUCGCGGUAUGUGUUACUUCUUGGCACUCGUUUAUUUGAUUAUUGGAGUCUCAAUAGCCUGCGAUCGUUUCAUGGAAGCAAUUGAAGUUAUAACAGCUCAAGAAAAGAAAGUAUAUGUACGACAAAAUAACGGUGAUAUGAAAGUAUUUAUGGUGCGUAUUUGGAAUGAUACCGUCGCGAAUAUAACACUUAUGGCAUUAGGGUCCAGUGCACCAGAAAUUAUGCUUGCACUUAUAGAAAUGUUUGGUAAAAACUUUAGUGCAGGCGAUCUCGGUCCUGGUACAAUCGUUGGCUCUGCCGCUUACAACACUUUCGUUAUUAUAGCUGUUUGUAUUGCAGCGGUCCCAGAUGGCGAAUCUCGGAAAAUAAAGCAUUUAAACGUGUUUUUCGUAACGGCAACCUGGUCUACAUUUGCUUAUAUAUGGCUUUACAUGAUUCUUGUACCUUUUUCGAGAGGUCGAAUUGAUAUUUGGGAAGGCGUCGUAACGUUAAUAUUUCUGCCGAUAACUGUGUGGACUGCUUACUUGGCUGACCGUCGGCUAUUUGUUUUCAAAUAUUUUGGUGAUGAAACCAGUCAGCACAAAUUAUCUAUUGUACCUGAAACAGAUAAAGAAUUGGAGAGUUCUCUGCUUAGAAUUGACGAAAGCGACAAAACUAAAGGUUUCGAGGAAGCUCGUCGUGAAUAUAUUGCAACACUGAAACGCUUGCGUAAAACAAAUCCACAAUGUACCUUAUGGCAAUUAGAGACAAUGGCUCAUGAGCAGCUUAUAAUUCGUGAAUCCAAAUCGCGUGCAUUUUACCGUGUGAAAACUUCUUAUUGGCUGUUUGGUAGAGGCAGUUUGUUAAAUAACGACGCACCUCAACUUCCAGUUGAUUUGAGCAGCCCAAAAACCACUCCGAAAUCAGUUGAUGUUCACGUGGAGGAUGAAGAGACUACUGUUCAUGUGUUUUUUGAACCUGGCCAUUAUACAGUGAUGGAAAGCAUUGGAACAUUUGAUGUGCAUGUGGUAAGACGUGGUGACCUUUCCAUGCACACUACUGUAGAUUAUCAAACUGAAAAUGGUGCAGCUAUAGCUGAAAAGGAUUUCAUUGCCAAAGAGGGUACAUUAAUUUUUCCUCCCGGUGUAGAUGAGCAGCGCAUUAAAAUUGAAAUAAUUGACAACGAUGAAUUUGAAAAUGAUGAACAUUUCUAUGUACGAUUAAGUAAUCCAUCAGAGCCUGCAGUGCUUACAACUCCCAAAAUCGCAACAAUCAUAAUUCUAGACGACGAUCACUCUGGUAUAUUUUCAUUUAAAUAUGCUGAGCACAAGUGCAGCGAGUCAGUCGGUGUGUACGAACUGGAAGUAAAGCGAUAUUAUGGCAAAUUUGGUGACGUGAUUGUGCCGUACUGGACCGAGGAUGGUACAGCGCAAAGUAGACGAGACUAUAUGCCUGUAAAAGGUGAAUUAUUAUUCGAAGACGACCAACUGACGGAUUUAAUACCUAUAAAAAUAGUGGACGGAAGUAAUUUUGAAAAGGACGUUUACCUAACCGUAAAUUUAGGUGCGCCCUACCCAGCACCAAACAACAAAUUAGAAGAAAUAAAACAAAAAGUUGAGGGAAGGAGUUCGGAGCAAUUAACUGAGGAAGAAAGAUUGGCAGUAGCGGCACUACCGCGUCUUGGUGAAAUUACUAAAGCUAAAUUAUAUAUAGUAGAAAGUAAGGAAUUUCGUAACACUGUAAAUCGAUUUGCACUAAAAGCUACAAUACCUAAACUAUAUAGAAAACCAGUUCAUUAUGAGCCAAUGCGAACAGAGCAGGUAGAGCAACCACUACCAAGCGGAGUCUGUUUCUAUACACUGCAGUUUUUAACGAUUUUUUGGAAAAUUAUUUUCGUGUUCAUACCUCCCGCUUAUAUUGGAGGCGGAUAUGCAUGUUUCUUCGCAUCAUUGGGCUUCAUUGCCAUGAUCACAGCACUGAUCGGGGAUGUAGCUUCACACUUCGGCUGCACACUCGGCAUCAAGGAUUCAGUUACCGCUAUUUGCAUAGUGGCACUCGGCACGAGUAUACCGGAUACUUUUGUGAGUAAGAUUGCGGCAAUGCAAGAUAAAUAUGCUGAUGCGAGCAUCGGCAAUGUCACAGGAAGCAAUGCGGUGAACGUUUUUUUAGGAAUUGGUUUAGCAUGGACCGUUGCCGCAAUUUAUCAGUAUAAGCAAGGUAGAACGUUUGAUGUAGUUCCCGAUACAAUUGCAUUCUCAGUUGCGGUUUAUACGAUAGAAGCGUUAAUUGCAGGAUUUGUUCUUCUAAUACGUCGUAAGAACGGAGGCGAAUUAGGAGGCCCAAUUGUUUGCAAAUACAUAUCAUCUGGAAUUUUCUUAUUUCUGUGGAUUGCUUACCUAUUUUUGAGUGUACUUGAGGCUUAUCAUAUUAUUGAAGUAUAAAGAUGAUAGUGAAUGAAUGGGUUCAAAUGCUAUGAAAAUAAUUUUACUAUUGCGUUUAGAGUACUUGGUACAUUUAUUUUAAAAUUUUUGAUUGAAUUUUAUUUUAAAUACAUAUAUAUAAUGUUGUAAAAUUACGUUACUCAGAAUUA